AGAGAGAGAGAGAGAGAGAGAGAGCUGACUUUUGCACGGUGAAAACAAACGUUGCACAACAAGGGAUUUCUCCAGCUGUAACUUUGUACAUCGUUUCCUCGACUUUUUAAGUUAACCGGGCGGGUGCACGCGAAGGAGCGGAAGGCCACCGAUUGCGAGUGAGAGACCCCUCAGUGGUAUGUUACAAUGGACGGACAGCACAGUCAUCUUCAGCACACUCUAGAGGACCAGAACAAGCAGCUUUACCCGUUGCCAGGCCAGGAAUACCAACUGGAACCACAGAGGAGUAUGCCCACAUGCCGGUACUACAGCAGGCUGGCAGACUUCCGGAUUGAGAAGAAAAUUGGCAGAGGACAGUUCAGCGAGGUUUACCGGGCAACAUGUUUGUUGGAUGGGAAGCUGGUGGCGCUAAAGAAAGUCCAGAUUUUUGAAAUGAUGGAUGCAAAAGCUAGACAAGACUGCAUCAAGGAAAUAGACCUUCUAAAGCAACUAAACCACCCCAACAUCAUUAAAUACUUGGACUCCUUCAUUGAAGACAAUGAACUGAACAUCGUUCUUGAAUUAGCGGACGCCGGCGAUCUCUCCCAGAUGAUAAAGUAUUUUAAAAAGCAGAGGCGGCUGAUCCCAGAAAGGACGGUGUGGAAGUACUUUGUGCAGCUGUGCAGCGCCGUGGAGCACAUGCACUCCCGCAGAGUCAUGCACCGAGAUAUUAAGCCAGCUAAUGUAUUCAUAACAGCAACUGGAGCGGUGAAACUGGGAGAUAUGGGACUGGGACGCUUCUUCAGUUCUAAAACCACAGCAGCACAUUCCUUAGUGGGAACUCCAUAUUACAUGUCACCGGAAAGAAUACACGAAAACGGAUACAAUUUCAAAUCCGAUAUCUGGUCCCUGGGCUGCUUAUUAUAUGAGAUGGCAGCCCUCCAGAGUCCAUUCUACGGUGACAAGAUGAACCUUCUCUCUCUGUGCCACAAAAUAGAGCAAUGUGACUACCCACCACUGCCCACAGAGCACUACUCUGACAAGCUUCGAGAACUGGUCAGCAUGUGUAUAAAUCCAGACCCCGGUCAGAGGCCCGACAUCGUGUUUGUCCACCAAAUCGCCAAACAGAUGCAGCUCUGGACCGCCAGUACCUGAAGCACUUGUUGGCAGAACGUCUGGGAAGGAAAUCAGAAGUCCACUCCGAUUCAUCCACUCUACCACAUUUUGGUCUUACUUGAAUUCUACCUGGAAAUGAAAAAGCUUUGUGAAAGUCAAAGCCUGCAGAAAUUCGAUUUUUUGUUUUUUUCCUUAUGUUUGUUUUAUUGUUAAGGAGAAGGAACGUCUUUAAAGGGGGUUUGACGGGUGCGAUGGCACCGGACGUCUGGCAAGGUGGUGACAAAGAAAAAUGAUAUUUAAAAUGUCGCAGGGCAAGGAUUUUAAUUCUUUAUAUUUUAGAAACCCUAUUAAAAUGCAGUGUGAUCAUAUAAAGGAAAACUAACGUAUUAACACGUCUAAGGCGGUAGCGUAUAUUGCAGCUAUGUAAACUUGCCACAUUUAGGCCGGUGAGAGAGCCGCUGGUACCGUUUAUACUACUUAUAUUUAGUAACUCUCAAAUCGUAUACAUUUUUUUUUUCUUCUUUUGUGAAUGGCGGAGGGAAGCUGCCGGUGAGAGUUCCAGUGCCGGCGUCCCGAUGUGGGCUCGGUUUUUAAAAUUCUGCUGCGUUGUCUGCUCUUCUGCUGGCAUUUCGAGCUCAGAGGAUGCCAGCUUUUAAAUCUUGUAAAUGCAAGAAUGCAGAAUUUCACAUUGAGGGGGCUGGGAGUUGUGUACAGAGAUUAUCACAAAUUAUGCAAAAUUUCAAAGGACUUAAACCAGAAGUAUUUUUUUUUUCUCAAACUGUGAAAAGAAGGUGAAAUGUGAAAUAAAAUGGUCAAUCUUACGACCAGAAAGCCUUAUAUGAGGCUAGAGAUUAUAGCCGGACUGACACUCAAUAGUGGCAGCCCCACGCAUCACGACGAACAAUAGCGUCAGUUUCUUUUUUUUUUUUUUUUAUUUGCGAGCGAAAUCAUUUGUCUGUUUGUUUAGCCGGAUUGCCUUCUGUGUCAUCGUUGUAUACAAAUGUAAAAGUUGUCCAGAAUUGUGAAAUGUGCUCAGGUUGAAAUGGCUGUGCCUGUGGGUGAAUUUGCUUCACGAUGGAUUUGCUGCAUGUGACUCUGACUCCCUAAAUCUGGUCAUAUCGUUCGGGGUCAACUGCCAGCCUGGCCCAGGCUUCUCUUUGCAUGUGCGUUAGGGUUAUUGGUACCACAACGUGGGUGGGUACAGUGAGAGAGUCCGGCGGUCUUCUCGAGGUAUUCCAGUGCUGGGAUAUGCAGACUCAAGACAUCAAGGGAUGGACGGUAGGCCAUUUUGAUACAACCAAUUAUUUCUUAUUACCAUUAUCAUUAUCAACAGUGUAUUAUUUUAAGACUAGGGAUAUGAGACUCCGCAUUCAUUGCCAGAUUGGUCUACUCUCGCACCUUAAGCAUAACACAUACACACAGAUCCUAUCCACAUAAGCACCAUAUGAGUGAAUCCUGCAUUAAAUUGUCAGCCUUCCCAAGAUUCCCCAGUGCUAGACAGUGCAGACUGAUGAAGACAUGAAUGAAUGAACAUCAGACCAUUUUGAACCAACCAAUUAUUUCUUAGUAUCAUCAUCAUCAGUGUAUCAUUUUAGGAUGAGAGAGAUGAGACUCGCCAUGUCCGUUACUUGAUUGGUCAAGUCUUGUACCUAAAGUCCAGCUCACACAUAGAUCCUACUCACAGAAUUAUUGUAUAAGUGAUGCACACACCACAAACCACUGUCUAGUACUACACAUAAGUAACGUAUGAGUGAUUCCUGCAAUAAAUCAAUGGCCUUCCCAGGAUUCCCCAGUGCUAGACGGUGCAGACUGAAGACAUGAAUGAAUGAAUGACCAUCAGAACAUUUUAAAUCCAAUUAUUUCUUAGUAUCAUAAUCAUCAUAAUUAUCAGUGUAUUAUUUUAGGACGAGGGAGAUGGGACUCACCAAGUUUGUUACCAGAUUGGUCUACUGCAGUAAAUGGGCCUUCUCAAGAUACCCCAGUGCUAGACAGUGCAGACUCAAAGACCUGAAUGGAUGAGCAUCAGACCAUUUUGUGUAUUAUUUUAAGAGACCCACCGUGUUCGUUGCCAGAUUGGUCUACUCUCGUACCUUAAACUUAACACACACACACUCAGACAUGGAAAACGUAUCUACAUGAGUACCACAUGAGUAACAAUCCACCACCAGCCACUCCCUAGUACUCCACAUAAGCACCAUAUGAGUGAUUCCUGCAAUAAAUCAUCAGCCUUCCCAGGAUUCUCCAGUGCUAGACAAUGCAGACUGAAGACAUGAAUGAAUGAACUUCCCGAGGUUUUGCAGUGCUAGACAGUGCAGACUCAAAGACACGACAGGAUGAGCAUCAGACCAUUUUGCUACAACCAAUUUCUUCUUACUAUCAUCAAUAUCAUGAGCAGUGUGCAUCAUUUUAGGAUGAGGGAGAUGAAACUCACCACAUUUGUAACCAGAUUGGCCUACUCUCACAAAUGAAGCUUAACACACACACAUCCUAUUCACAUAAUUACCAUAUAAGUGCUGAUGCACCGCCAGCCAAUCUCUAGUACUCCACAUAAGAUCUCAUCUACACAAAUACCAUAUGAGGGAACCCUGCGAUAAAUUGGCGGCCUUCCCCGGGUAUGCCGGUGUUAGACAAUGCUGACUCGAGACCUAAAUGGAUGGACAUCAGUAAGACAUCAGACAAUUUUGAUACAACCAAUGAUUUCUUACUAUCAUCAUCAUCCUCAACAGUGUAUUAUUUUAGGAUGAAAGAGGUGAGAUUCCCCAUGCUUGCUACCAGAUCUCUCACACACACACACACACAGAUCGAAUCUACAUAAGUACCGUAUGAGUGAUGUGUGCACCACUAACUACUUCCCAGGACUCCUGUAAUACUCAUAUAAGUGAUUCCUGCACUGCCAGUCACACCCUAGUACUCCACGUAAGGACUCACCAACUUGUUGGUGACCCCAGAUAUAAUCCAGACCAAAAUGCAACUCCUACACACAAUGAAGGCUGACAAACUCUUUAGUUACACGCUGCUUACAAACCAACAAUGUCAACAUCGUCCUACUUCUCCUGCAUUGUUCCUCCAUCGGUUUGCCAUCCUUGGCUCGAUAACCCCACGCCGUCAGAGCGGGUACAACCUCCUCUUAACCAGGUUCCCCAAUAUUUACUUUAUUACUUCAAUCUCUCCAGGUAUAAAGACUAGAUUUUGAAAUAAACAAGAAUCGUGGCGUUUAUUAAAGUAUAAGAAUACCAGGAGAAAUAAAUAUAAUAGAAAAUAUUAAUAGCAAAGUCUGGAUAUAAAAAGUCUUGGAAAGCUUACUCAGCAAUGUCAAAAGUGGAUGUUGGCCUGGGAAGCUUUUUGAUUCAGCAGUCAGCGUGAUGCAUGAGUUAUGUUCUCCGAUAUCCUGAUGAAAUGGUCCCUCUUAACAACCUUUAAGAAGAAGCUGGAAGAGAGUUUGGGACAGCAUGGCUGUUAGGUAAUCAAACAGGCUUUGAUGGACUGAAUGGUCUCCCCUCGUUUGCCAGAUUCCUCACGUUCUCCCUCUCUCGCUUUCUGCCGUGACACGGUCGUUGACGUCGGUUCCUUCUAUCGUUCUUCAGACGGGCCGUUAUGUUAAAAAUUAAUGAGGAGUUCCGCAACAUGGGAUAUGAUUGGCUAGCCACCCCAGUAAUGGACGGCUCUGCCCAAAAGCUUUGAUCCUCGCAGCUGUUAUCGUCUCCAAUUCUUUUAACCUUUAAGUUAUAAACCGUCUGACCAUUUUAAAUUAAAAGCACCCUAAAUUUUUCAGAUAACAAAACAGAUGCAUUAAAAUUAUAAAAGAUUUGGUACAAGUCAUAAAGAAUGCACAAAUGUAUUGGGGUAAAGAAGAAAGAAUUCAGAUGUAGUUAAAUACAGUUCUUUCAGGGGUUCUGUAAAUUCCUUAGGCCCUUUAUAAAAAUACUUUUAUUAUUUAUAUAGCGCCUUUCCCAUGCCCAAGGUGCUUAUACAUCGUCAUUGUUCAUUUGAGCCAAAAAAGUCAAUCUGCACUUUAAAAGUAAAUCACGGUUUCACCCACCUGGACAGAGAGCCACACAAUGUUAUGCUAGAUGACGUGACAAAGCUGCCAUACAACCAUGGGAUCUGCUUUUUGAAAAAAAAAAGAAGAAAAAAAUAUGAAUUGGCAAACAAUUGUACGAGUUUCAAGCUUACAGUCCGUUCAGAACGACAGCACGAAUGCCUCUGUUGUUUGUUUUUGACCAUUUCUCCGAAAGUCUAUGCCUCGGUGCCCCAGCCCAGUAGGCACCUAAAACUGACAAGCCUUUGUUAUUCUUCUUCACGGUGGGGUUCCAAGACGUGGCCCGACCACCACACGGAUCCAUCCAGUUUCUGGUUUAGCAAGUAAAGUUUGCUUAUCCAUUUGAAGAACACAUCCGAGUCAUCCCAAGGCAAAACUUUGUCUUGCAAGGCACAAAGAUCUGAUGUUGUACUUGAUUUGUUUCUCAAUUUCUGUUCCCAUCGGAUGCCCCUGAUUUGGCACCGGUGGUCAAAAUCAAUAUAGGCGACACAAGAUCACCUGUACAAGUGAGUGAAGAGAGCUACAGCAUGGCAUUGUAGACUUGGCCCCAGGUAGGUAGGAUGAUUACAGCUGAGCUCUUAGUGCUCUUAGUAGUGAGCUCAGUCAGGCAGCAUAUUAUUGGCUGUCAGAAAAAGGGGGACGGCCUGACGAAAUUUUGUCAAUACCAUACUGCGCCCUAUCAAAGACAUCAAAUUUGUUGUCCCCUGUGAUUUCCAGUCAUGUAAUCCAGAACCCUUAGGUGACGAGAUCAGCAACUAGAGCCGUCAAGUUUGACAACUAAUGUGACACCGAAGGGGAAACGUGACGAGUAUGUGUAAGCAACUUCAAA